AAGAGAUAGAGAAGCAUCAAUAUUUAUAAAUAAGUACCUGCUAAAAAGUAAGUAGUUCCUCAGGUUUUCGUUUUAAAAAUAUUGCGUGGGUUUACUCGCUGUAUAUAAAAGUAUGCUCAUCCUUCUUUCAGCGACUUGCUGAUGUUGCGAAUGAACCAGCAGGAGAAGGAAUGUACUUAGAUCGUACUAAAUUUUUGAAGUUUAGGGAACUUGUUGUUCGUGUCUGUUGGUAUCUAAAUUUUUAGUUUUUGUUCGAUUUAGAGCAAGAGUUUUUUAACGAGUUCCUUCUUGUUCUUUCGUUUCUUUUGAACUUUGUUUUCGCCAGAUUGAGUAGUUUCACUUUGUACUUCUCUAACCUCAGCAACGGCAGCACUUAACAGAUAAUUAUUCCGUCAGCAUCUGGCUACUGCUACUUGUAUCUGCUUAUUCUAUGUAUUAGGGUGUGGGGUGUCUUGUCGUAUAGUUAACAUUAACAAAUAUAAAUUGACUGGUGAAACCAGAAACAGAAACAGUGCCCAGUACGAAGCGCUGAUACGACGCAGUGUCGUGAUGCUUCCGAUCCUGUUUCACGUCGUCUGAUUUCACCGUAUUAUCGUUAGGAGUAAGUUGUAUUGGAAACCAAAAACUUUCUACGAACUUUUUCUGAAUUGAAUCCUAUACAUUGCUGAGGUCACUCACCAGAUUUCAUCGUCGCACUACUCCUACUCCUCUUUAAUUAAGUGAACAGAAUUAACAUACCGCUUUCUUUGCGUCUAGAAGUGAUGAUGGUGUGUGGCUAGUAUCCAGCACAAGCCUCAGGUUCUUGGGUAUAUCACGAUCAUCGUCAUCGAAGUUGUGAUGGUGUUCUAUCGUGUCUAGUUGGGCAGUACCUCUUCCUUAGCCGCGGUACCGAUUUUUAGAGGGGCAAGAUAGUGUUUGGGAUCUCUUCAGUAAUCGUAGUUUUUCUCUAAUAUCAUAUGUAGGAUCAACAUCAAGUUCGUGGUAAUUGGAUUUCGGAUAUUAGCAGAUCUUCUUUCAUGUAGCGUAGUGAAGCUAUCUAAGUAAUUAUUGUUCUACGUACCGUCAUUCGAUAUCCUCAUUGUUCCACAUGAUAUCCGCCUAAGAUCCAUAGUACCUCUUCCGAACAAAAUAUAUAUCGAGGCCCUUGGUCUAAAACUGAUCGUCAAGAAUAGAAUCGUAGUUAAAAAGAUGUCCUCGCUUUUCGCAGAUCUGCUGGGCGGCUUGUCAGAUCCAAUACUGACUUCAAGUUCAACCGACAAUCAUAAUACGAGCCUCGAUGACCUGUUCUUCGGUCCAUCCACUGUCAAUGGGGGAGUGGGAACUCGAAAAUCGUGCUUCAGCGAAGAUGCGACUGCUAGUGCUGCUGAUCGAACGAUCGAGGAGAUGCUUUGCAGUACGCGGCCACCCAGCGGCGACAAUUGCGAGGACAUGUUGAAUCUCUUGACAGCUGGCCUUGAUGUUGGUUCGACGAUGAAGAUGAGCUACGAGAAUGGUAUAGUCGAUAAGCGCGGUCGUGCAGAUCUUGAUAUUCUUGGUUUGAGAAAUACUCGAUCGACGACGUCUUUGUCUACAGCGACGACAGCGGGUUCGCUUGCGGAUAUCGGUCUUAACUUUUCUCGUUCGUCACCGACUGGUGGAAGUAGCACGGUCCUGGUGCCCAAUGAAAACGAAUCGUCGUCAAUGACGAUGAAAGACUACCUGGAUGAAAUUCUUAACGUCAGCGCCCCGGCGAUACAACAAGCGCCAGGGGUAAGAUCUUCCUUUCUAGAAAACCUCACCAGCCGCGGAAGCGGUUCUACGUCAGCACAACCAGAAGCAGAGGAGGAAGAAGAUUUUUUGACGCAUAUGGCUAAGCUUAGCGGAAAAAGUAUGAGCUCCUCUUCCUUCCCUCCGUUGCUCGACGAAGCUAAUAAGAGUGCUAAAGUGAAGAUCAUGGGAACUGGGAACCGUCUCCGUCCUGCUGGAUCCGGUGGCGUCGACCUUCUAGAUUUCGUUGGUGGCUGUUUGAAGAAACCCGAUCACAGGCAAAUUCAAUACCCCUACCAGCCGUCUAGUACAAAUACAGCUGCUGUUGCUGUUCCGCCUCCACCCGCUCGGGCGGGACUAUCUGUCCGGCUGAGCAGUCCGAACAUGGGGCCAACGCAAACGACAACUAUGAUGGACGAGUAUCUGUAUAGCAGGAGCGCGAGGACAUCAUCAAAAAGUCAAUUUUCAGAUCCAUCGUGGCCAAGUGAUGAACACUUCUUAAGUGAUUUAUAUGCGUCAACAUUUAGCUCCAUCGAUCGUUAUGCGGAUAAUCUCAGGAAGAACAAAUUGUCGAGCUUGGGCAGUGCCGGUUUGGGCACCAGGACUCAAAGUACCUCUCCAGUUCAGGGUUAUUCCGCAGACUCGUCGAAGACACUGGAAAAAGAGCGGUCGUCCACAGGAGUCCUGAGUAUACCGAGAAAUAAUUCCGUAAAAACCGUGCCCACUCCACCCGUGCUUAAGGCCUGCUUACUACAGAAUUGCAAUGUAGUUGACAAUUAUCAUCUUGCGACUUCUGCAUACUUUUACUUACGUUUAUUUAGAUUUAAAGGAAAGUUAAUUGAAGAUGAGCUUGCUUACCUGUGUCUACUCUCUUGUUUGAAUUCUUGGACCAAAAAAAUGGCCUCCUCCGGUAUGCUGCAGCUGAAUGUGGAUUACUAGAAUAGUUCAUCUCACUCUAUACAUUUAGUCGUAAUAAAUGACCAGAAACUGAGAAACAAAUAAAUAUGUCAGAUAGGAUGGGCCGCGCGUCAAGAUUAAAUCAAGAGAGCUCUUCUAACUUGGCCCUGGUAGCAAGUGCAAGCGUUAUCAGUGGCGAUACCGAUAUGGAGUUGCGUCUUGUAAACGACGGGGGCGAAUCUUACGAUUUUGCUUUGUGCGAAGUCGGUGGGGGACUACAACCCGUAGAACUCGGAACGGAGAAAGACAUUCUCAUCUGCCCAAAGGGCCUGGAGGAGAUGGACACUGUGGAUGCGUCCACGUCUACGGGAGAAGGCGAUGCGGCAGAUAGCAGGACUACGGAUAGGAAGUACUCAGCUUCCUCUUUUUUUGCCUCAGGAUCGAUUUUUGAUUUUCGGUGAGAGAGUGCUCCUGUGUGAUAAUACAACAGAGGACUCCUUGCUUUGUAUUUGUAAAGUAGCAAUGGAUUAUGAGUGUGGAGGUCGUGAAGUACAAACAAGUUCUACUGCGGAUGGUGCAUUUUCCAUACUAGUACUUGUCGCUGAUCGAUGAUGAGUCAAUACUUUUUUUUAAUCGUGGUUACAGGUCCACUACACUUGGUUCCACGGGUUCAAAUGCUCGAAAGCUGACAGAAGCAGAAGACACGAACGGCGACUCAGCGGCACCUAACUGCGAUGAAGAUGAAGAGAAGACACCUGCAGCAGAAGGGCACGGGACAACGAAGUCUGCCACGACAGCAUCCACAACGCCAGCGGCCUCAAAGUCAGUCGUGUUAAUUGAUGUAACAACGCCUUCCACAAAUCACGAUCUCAAUGAUUCACUUUGUUCGAUUAUCAGUCCGGUAAAGGAAGUUGGCGCGUCGCUGGUCUCAGAGGUUGACGGGAAGCAGGAUUGUACUAGCACAUCAGAACAACAAAAACCGAUAGAAGUGUUGUUGGAAGAAACAAAUUUAUUAUUCGGGGGAGAGCCCGAAGGAAAUUCCACAGUACUGGGUGGCGGUGUGCUGGCGGAUACUGAAAACUUGGAACAACCGGAUGUCUCAUUUGGUAAAAAGAAUGACGCGGCAAAUCUUGCUAAUAGCGACCAUGCCCACACAGUAUUCGAAGCUGAAGUUGGAGAUACGAAAAACAAUUUUGAUUCCAGAAGCACCAAUAGCGGCGACUCCAAUGCUUCUUCUGUACCUUCACUUGGCCCCGAAGCUGAGGCAGAGCCUUCAGGUGGUCAUACAAAGUGUGAAGAAAUAGAUGAUAUGCAGCACACCACUACGGACGUAAACCUAAACGUAAUCAUGGUAACGGACGAAGAGAAAAAUCUAAUGCUACCGGAGGGAAAGCGAAAGCAGGGAAAAGUAGAACAAGUCGAUGCUUGUGCUUCAAUUUCACGUCAAGUUGAGAAUCAACAGGAGGAAAGAGUCCGUGGAAGACCGCGACUUCGAGUUGUCGCAUCUAUGAAUGGAGCCCUCCGAUUCGAAAGCACUAUUCAGAAGCCAGAAGCGCAUGCCGAGGUGACGGACCACCAAAUCUUCACGGCGCAGAGUGUUCUCAAAAAGAAGCAAAGCAGUAAGAAGGCAAACAAGAGGAAGUCCGAUCACAAAAAGAUCUUCCCACCAUGUCGGAAAAACUCAUUGAAAAGUACUACUUCUUGUGCUUCACCAUAUGCUGGAUAUGGCGCACGAAUCGGCCCACCUUCUUCUCUACGCGGUGAAGAAGUUUCUCUAGCCGAAAAGGAACACGGAGACGGACGAGAUGAAGUUGAUUUAGCGAUGUUGAUGGAAGGUCAGGGUCCCAACGGAGAAGGAGAUCCAUUAUCUGACUUGAAACGACAUCAAGGUAUGUCGCCAAGAAAGCAGAGGCAGAGGAGCCGGGGCCACAGCGGAUCCCAUGGACAUGAUCACAGACGCAGAGACACGAGAGGUGGAAGAGAAGGAGCAGCCUCAAGCCGCAACCGCUCUUCAGAACGAAGAAGAGGGAACAACAAGCCUUUACGUCUACAGCCGACUUCCUCAUCGUCGUGGUUGGACGAUUUGAUUCGAUGUUCGACCGCGCAGCCUGGCGAGAUGGAAGCUCUUGCGGGUGAGCGCCUAAACCUUCCUGUUUGCGCGGCCGGUCCAAGAAAGCCGAUACCUGACGUUGACAACUGCAUUACCGUAAUAACUAGAAGCGUGCUGAGGACUCCAGGUCCAUCCCAGGUCGAAAAGCGACUAGAGGCUGAAACGGAAACGAAUGAGCAGCAACAACGUGGUGAUGGAAAUGACGAGAAGAAAACUCGUCAUGAUACUUCUGAUAAACAUCGAGAAGCAGAUGUUGAUUCGUCGACCGCCGAUCGUGAUAACGUUGAUACGUCUGCACCCACUUCUUCAAAGACGGCACCGGAUGUUGAAAGCUCCGUUCCCGCAACGGCAAGAAAGCCAGAUGGAGGUGCAUCUCGUGAAACCGAAAAAAACAAAACCGAUAAAGCUAAGACUAAGGUCUCAACUACGACCGCAGCUUCAUCGAGUAGGAGAAUUCAGGAGGAGCAACUCUUGUAUGACGCAGCACUGGCGCCAGAAGAGUUCAAGUUGCGUCAGCCGCGUCGCGACGAGCAAAGGCAUCGUUCAUCGUCACGACCGCGAAGAGGCGGCUAUCGUAGAGUCAGAUCAGCGGGAAGAGGAAGAUAUAGAGGAGCACAUGGAAGGGAUCGUGACUACUACCUUAUGGUGAGGAGUAAGUUCUAGUGCUAUAAUUCUUCUUCUUCAUAGAUAAUUUCCAAUACCAACCUAUACCAAAAUCGAGAACUUAUGCCAGUUGGAUUCCCGCGAAUUCUCUUCGAUUUUUGAGGCACAAGUGAAGCGUACAUCAAAGUGGUAAGUAGUCGAUAUAGUUUGUGUUGGUCUAAUUUUCGCUAUGACAACGACGAUUAUUCGCAUAAGAGAGCAGGUACAGGUAGGAGUGGCGAGCGCGAGUAUCGUCGCCGUUAUGAUGGCGAUCAUCGCCUAGACGAUAGAGAUGAUACAAAUACUGGUUCUUGUCACGCAUACUUCCCCGAUCUUUUUGCGUCUUCUCAGCAGCAAUUGCCAUUCGAUAGUGUGCGUGGAACUGGCUGUAACAAAAGAAGAAAGGAUCAUGUUGCUGAAACGCCGCGAAAUGCCAACAAGGUUCACGUGAAAUUUUCCGACGAAGGACAGGACGCAGUAGCUCACAGACUGCGGGGCGCGCGAGACGAAGGGGAAGGUACAACUAUUACUAUCUAACAGUAGUACUUUCGUAUGUAUAUUAUGUAAGGUCGAGGAAAUUAAUUCCAAUUCGAAUUCGUUGCAGCUCAAGCUUCCACUAUAUAAUAAAUCGCAUUCGUUGAUGGUAAGAAUGCUUUGGCUCUGGCUCAUUCCACCUAUUCGCUCAAGAACUGUUUUAAAGACAUUUGGGAAAGAAUCGGGUAGCAGGGGUACCAACUACAGCGAAUCCAUUCAAUCACACCAGCAGUUGCCACGACGCCUCGCGCGGCCGCGACUGCAAUAUCGGGAGAAUCUCGUAGCUCAGAACGCAAUAAGCUAUCUGUUGGCGCGAAGUCGGACUAUAGUGAUUUCACACCUGGCGGCGGACUAAAGGAUCCUUUUGCGAAGCUUGAUUUAAGCGGCAUUCUGUGAACGACCUUUAUAUCUGAGGCGCGAGGACCACGUGGCGGAUCUUCUUUCGCUACGAUACACACUUCUCAAUCUCCAGCAUAUGUAAAAAUAUCUUCCGUUCAUGAUAUAUAUUCUCAGUCUCAGAAGAACUUGCUCGUAAAACAGGAGAUAAAAAUUGAAAUAGUUUUGUUUGAGUGGUAGUUUUGAAAUUAUUACCGUGAAAAAUUGUACAACCAGUUGAUUUCUGUUUCUGAUCCACAAUUUGACUUUCUUAUUCGUAAAUUCUUUGGUUUUGGUACCACAAUCAAUACUACGCAUCAAGGUACUUACAACAUGAGCUUGGUAAAAAUACCCGGUCUCAGUUUCGUUGCCAUAGGGGGGACCGAUUGCAUUCUGUGAUUCGGUCAUCUCUAACACAUAUCAUAAAUGUAAGAAGCAUGUUCAUUGUCUCAGCACUUGUUUCUCCACAUAAUUAGGACUUUUUGUGAUAAAUGAAUAGAUAGCUAGCAACGGUUUCUUUGUUCGUGGUGAUGUUCUUGUGAUCUCAAAACUCGCAUACAUAGAGAUAAAGAAUCUUUACCUUAUGAAAAACCAAUCAUGUUAUUCUGUGUGGAUGUUUCUACGCGUUGGCUUUUUCUGUUUCAUGAUCGUGGUGCGCUUGAAGGGACGGACGGGCUUCUGUUGCCAUGCAUGAGCACGAGUUAUGGUUCUUUCGUUUAUCCAGCAUUGAAGGAAUGAUAUUGAUAGCGGAUCCAUCAGAUUCACACCGGGGUUGAUGGAAUCGGAACGGCACCAAAUGGAGAGAUCAUACGCCAUGCUUCCUGUGCCCUGUCUCUGAUUUGUGAACGAACUAAAAUGAAUACGGCAGUUAUACAUAUUGAUUCAGUUGUUUUACGUAGAAGUCCUGAAAAUGGCACGAAGGUUAAGAUCUAAGAUUUUUGAAGGAGUACCUGAUUUCUGAGGACAAAUACGCUAAAAGUUCGUGAAGAACGCACUUCUAUGUGGUAGGACUACAUGACUGGCUAUCUAUAUAUACAUAUGAGAUAACAUCAUAUAUAACAACUUCACCUUCACGCUUAUAUAAUACAGUUUCAAGUAAAUAAUUGUUUCUGUGGUCUACGUCUACCUAAGACUUAUUCAGUUCUUGUUGCUGUGUAUGCGAAUGAACAAGGUGUUUGGGUGUCGUGGUCUCUUUCUUGGAUGAGGUGGUGACGUUUGACAUUUGAUUGUCCUUCUUUUCUCUAUUUUCGCAUGGUGAUGUUUCCAUCUUGGUGUUGAUCAUGGAGUUGUUGUGAAGAUUACAUAUACACAUAGAUCAUCAUCAACAUAACGGCCGCAGCUUAAUUAUAUCUAUUUGAUCUUCGUCUUCAAAAUAAGCAACAGAACUAUGACACACGCGCGUAAAGGUAAAGGAACCGCCACGUUCUAACUGGUUUUUCCAGACAUUUUUCUUACCUCGUAGUUGCAUCGUUUGCCAUCAUGUGAAUUUGAAUUUUUAUACCAGUAGAUACAUUUACAAACACAAAUAGAAAAACGUGUACUUAGAUAUUUCAGCGAAGCAUGAUCAAAUUCUGAUUCUGUUUCUCCUGAAUGACCAUUCGUAUUCGAGAUGACCUUUCCGCAGCUCCACGCGCGGAGUCAUUUUGAUUUUUAGACUCGAACUUGCAGGGAAUCAAGAAUACGUGUCUUUCUCUGCGAGCACACAGCGCAUGUCUUCACUUUCCGCUUCAUAAUGAAUCUAUCUUGACAAUCAAACGCAAUGCCACCACUGGCAAUUAUCGAUGUCAACAUGUGUCAAUAUGGCACAGACGACGACCACGAGUGAUGUGUAGCUGCAGCUGCAGAUGCACUGCGUGACUCAGUUUUAUCCCUUGAGACCGGGUGAUGAUUCGCUGUCGAUGACUGUUAAAGAAACUGGCAAGUGUAUGAUAUGGGA